AUGGCUUGUAAUGAUAAAAUCAUAAAAAAAAAAUUAUCCAAAAACAAUUCUUUAGGCACAUUGGACCAAACAAUCCGCGAAAAAAAAAUCUUUACUGCAGUAGUCAAAAUGCCGGCCGAUAUUCAGACGGCGUUAAUCGAAAAUGGCUGGAUUGGCAAAAUUAAGACCAACGAAGACUAUUACCGAAAAAACGGUUCCACCGUAAUAUUAUCGUUACAUAAUAACGUCAAGCGUGUCAAAGCAGUCGUCAAGCGUUACGAAUCCGGUCUGAUGUGGAUAGACGCGAACAGCGAUGUCAUCAACUGGAGGACGAUACAUCCAGACGUCGUAGUUAAUCGGUUCCCGAGGGACGCGAACGCCUCGUUGAAGUUAUGCGGCCACACUCUGGCCGGGAAAUCCGAAUUCGACGUUCACUACCCAAGGGCGUACCGGGUAUGCGCCGACAAGGAGGAACACGUGGACCGUAACUUCGUCGUGGACUAUUCAUUAACCGCCUGUGUGUCGUUACUGCGUGCAUUCGUGAACGGAGAUCAUCGAGCCAUGUGCUCCAAAAGCGGCAAAGUACCUCUUUCGGCACUCCACUUCGCCGCUAUCAAAUGUCAACAAUACUUAACGGGCGACAUAUCGCAAAGGGCGUCAGAGUUUUCGGGCAAGGGAGCUGACUGGGAAACAUUUUUCGAACAUUACCACACAAUCGUGAACGACCAGCAAAAGUUCGCCGUGCCGGGGACGGGCAACGACGUGGACGCGGCAUUGCGCAAUAUGGCCACGUCUACCAGACUGAUCGUGACUCGGAUAACGGCGGUAAGGCCGCAGACGGUGAUGGACGGCUACAAGAACGUUUGGAUAGUCAAGGAUACGGCGGCGGGCGACCAUCACCGGCCGGUGAUGUUGAACAAACUCGGCGACGUGCUUAACCGGUGCGCGCGGCCGGGUGGCGCCGCGAACCGCAUCGUUCAGAAAUACGUCGAGACGCCGCUGUUGCGCAACAACAUCAAAUCGGACGUGUACGUAUGGAUCUUACUGUCGACGCUUGGCGGUCGGUUGUCCGUAUGGCUGCACCGGACAUGCAUCGUGCAACCGUAUGCGCACGGGUUCUCAUUAAACCGGGAAUCUGCCAAGACG